GUAAGACAAUAAUCAUGUUGUCCUCUUUAACCUGAUGCAAAUCAGAUAUUGGCCAUGUGGAUUUCCUGGAUGCAGUGUCCCAGCUUUCAGAGAAACCAUAUGUUAUCGUGGGCUUGCACUUUGAUCAGGAGGUGAAUCGUUACAAGGGGAAAAACUAUCCAAUCAUGAACAUCCAUGAGAGGACUCUGAGUGUGCUGGCCUGUCGAUAUGUCUCUGAGGUUGUUAUAGGAGCACCAUAUGCUGUCACAAAAGACUUAUUGGACCAUUUCAAGGUAGACCUGGUGUGCCAUGGAAAAACUGAAGUGUUUCCAGACAGAGAUGGAUCAGACCCAUAUGCUGUACCCAGGAAAAUGGGAAUAUUGCGAACAGUGGAUAGUGGAAACAGUCUAACAACUGAUGUCAUUGUGCAGAGGAUCAUCAAAAACAGGUGUUACAUUAAGCUCUGGGCCCGGUUGCAUGAAAGCACUUAUGCUAAGAAAUCCCUUAGUUAUAAGGUUAAGGAAGCCCUUAGCGAAACUUGGGCUGCAAGAAAAAAACCUAAGGGUCAACUUAAGGAACCUUAAGGCUGCCAUAAAGUAUUCCCCUUAAUUAUUUAAAUGUUCCCUUAAGUGUUGCUACAAAGUCCUUAGUAGCCAUUUCACCUUAAUAAAUUUAAGGGACCAAAAGAGCUUCCUUAAAUCAUCUUAAAUUCAGCAUCUGCAAGAUUUUAAGCUCAAAAUGUAAGACUUUAGACAUUUAUUAAGACCUGCACAAAUAAAAUAUCAUAUGAGCGCAG